CAGGUAUAAACAUGUUCUAAUUUACUUCCUGGUAGGUUGAUAUUUUAGAAAACUGCAACAAAAAAUGGUUCACAAUGCCAUACAAACAGAUGAUUUAGCCUAAGCAUUUUUCCUAAAAGGUCAUGGCAAGCAGUAAGUCUAUACCAUGUGGACCUUGUCAAGAAGGAAAAGUCAACACUAAAGCUGACAUCUGGUGUUACAACUGUGAUGAAGGAUUAUGUUCAACAUGUUCUGGUCAUCAUAAAAGAUCUAAGGCAACACGUGAUCAUAAAACUAUUGAUGUCAAAAGUUAUAAACCCUCCUUUGAAACUAUCAAAACAGAAUGUGACAAACAUGGCCAACAGCUCAAACUGUACUGCCCCAGUCAUUUAAUGCCUUGCUGUGAUGAAUGUAUUUCCACUAAUCAUUCAAAAUGCACAGGAAUAAAAAGUUUAGCAAGUGUUGUGGAGAAAACUAAGAUACAACAAUCUAAAGAAUCUGUAGAUAAAGAUAUCAACUCCAUCUUACAUCUCCUGGAUGGAAUGGUAAAUAAUAAAUCAACAAACAUCAAAACUGGAGAACAACAAUGUGAAGGCAUAAAGAAUUCAAUCCACAAAAUAAGGGAAAAAAUGAAUAAACAUUUAGAUCACCUUGAGAAAAAGUUAUGUCAAGAAACAGACAAGCUCUUAGAUCGUGAAAAAACAACAGUAACAGAUUUCAUUUCGGAGGUUAAAGAGGAAAAGAGAAAACUUCAAAAAAUACAACAACAUUUACAUAGAGAAAAACAUACUUCAAAACUUCAUUCAUUUCUAGGUAUACACCAGAUUGAACAACAAGUACACCAAUAUCAACAAUAUGUCGAAAAUCUGGAAAAUGAUAACAGGACAAAAGCUUUUGACUUCAAAUUGAAGCAAAAUGAUGAAAUAGAAACCAUACUAAAGAAAAUAAGAUCAUUAGAAUCCCUAGGAGAUGUAACAGUUGUUAAAACAGAAACAGACUUGAACAGAGAAACAAGUGUGAGGAGGAAAGCACAAGUAGAAUCACGAGUACAAUCCAACAUAAACAACAUGACAAUGAAUAUAGAGACAAAGGUAGAGAUCAACCUAGAGAAGGAUAUUAGUGACAUGAUUUGUCUGAUGGAUGGAAGAGUUUUAGUAGUGGAAGAGUUUGGUGAAGUUAACCUACUUACUUCUGAUGGCAAACUACAGAAACAGUUACCAAUACCUGGUGCAGCCUUCAGUGUUACACAGAUCAAUCAGAACACUAUAGCCACAACUUAUCCUAGAGAGACAGCCAUUAAGAUCUUCAAUAUGGAGAAUGAAACAGUUACCAAAGUUAUCACAUUAGACAAAACAUGCAGGGGAUUAUCAUUCUCCAAUAAUUCUCUGGCUGUAGGUUUGAGUGAUGAUGAAAUCCGUAUAAUAGACUUGGAAGGAAAUACACUGAAGUCAAUACAAGUUGAGAGUCAAACAAACCUGUGGGACCUUGUUUACUGUAAUGACAGAGUAAUCUAUAGUGACUGUAAUGGUAAUGCAGUAUACUGUUAUGGUGGAUCAGGUAAACAGAUCUGGCAGUAUACACAGGAUUUAUCCGGACCAGCAGGACUUUGUAAAGAUACUUAUGGUAACAUUAUUGUAGCAGACCUUGGCUCUGGCAGAAUAAUAGUAAUAUCAAAAGAUGGACAGAAAAGUAAAGUACUGACUGAUGAAGAGGAUCCUGUGUGUAUUUGUUUUAAACAUAAUGAGUCUGCAGGUUUUAUAUGUGAUGAAAAUGGCACAUACUUGACAAAAUUCAAUUUAUCUUCUGGAUGAAAAAUAUACAAUAAGCAUAACAAGUAGUGGAUUUUACAGAAUUAUAACAUUGAAGGAAAAAAAAAGGAAAAUUCUGUUAUUUGUAUGGGUGGCAAUGAGUACUCGAGUACUCGCUCAGAAGGCAGAGUACUCAAGUACAAUUUUAGUCCUCAGAUACUUGUUUGCCUUUUAAAAAUCAUCAGAUAUCUCUUCUUACAUUUGCCCUCACUUUAGUUCCAUUUGGAAUAUCUUUCGUAAUACUACUAAGAAUAAUACUUAUUCAAAAUGUUAAUAUGUUUUAACCUGAGAACUCUGUGUGUUAUAACUUAGUCUUAAUUAUAUCUAUAAUUGUAAAAAGUGUUUUAGCAGUACCAGUAGUCAGUUCCUUCAGAGAGAACUUGUCAUGUACAGCACUUGUUGUAACAAAACUGUGAAACAGACUUUCAUCUGAAGUUGUGGGUCGGAUUAUAUUUCCGAACAAGAACAAAAUCAAAGUGCCCUGCGGUGAACCUUACACAGAUUAACACUUUCAUUAAUCAAUAACUAACCAGCUGUAAAGGUACUUUUGUUUGUUAAUCAAGAUUUCCUUGUAAAAGUGAUUAGUAUAAGAUCUACAUUUUAUGUAACUGAUGUUUAAUUGAAACUUUAUUAUUUUUUAAUUUAUAAUUAAAUAUCGAAUAAGAAA